UGGCAGUGCCGCCUGGAGAGAGAGUGAAGUUGCAGAAAUGGAUUGCAGCAUUGAAACAAAGCUGGACGAGUUUAACAAACUGGCUGCAGCUGGACAAAUGCUUAUGCAAGAGGAGACUCAGUUUAAAAACAUCAUCAAAGAGAGGACAGAUGAGUUGCAAAGCAUGCUAAAAUGGAUCCAAGUCAAUUGGCGCACUCAAAGAGAGCAACUUAAAGGAGACCAAAAUGAGAGACCAGAGAGAACAAAUUAUCUUGUCCAACAGAAGCUUUCAUCUGAAAGUCUGUGCAUUAUAAACGAAGAGGGAAUGGGAGGCACUAUUGAAGCACAACCCUCUCAAAACAACCGCAAACAAAAGAUUGGGAGUCAAGAUGUGUCCAGUGUUGUAAGUCAGGAGUCCUGCCUUGCGAAGACAUCCCUUGGCUCAAGCAUUUGUCUCAUUUUAAGCUUUGAUGAGCAGUCCUCAGAGAUCAACAAAGUGAAAAAGCAAUGGUCACCUAACAAUAGUGAAUUUCACUGCAUCUCAAAUGACAUUCAUUUAUCAACCCCCAAAAAAGAACAAAUACGAGAGUCAACAAGCAACAUUCAGGUGCACACACAGCAGUUACAAGACAACAACUCAUUGCCAAUGCAACGGACACUAGAGAUACUCCCAAAUGUAUCAAGUAUCACUGAAGAGACAGAGCACAAGUCAUCUUGUGGAAAUACAGCACAGGAACAGAAGUCAACAAACAACACCAAUCACGGUCAACCAGUUAAGUCACCAUGCCAAUCGUCGCCAUGCAAUGUUCAACCAUCGUUUUGCAACUACCUUACAGAAGGCCUGCAAUCACCUGUCAACAUCCAAAAACACCAUCAUCUAUCACCAGGCAUGGAUCAGAUGGAAAAGCCAGAGCUAUCGGUCAUGCAUCAACUGCAAAACCAACAGUCACCAAGAUACAACCAAGAGUGGACAAAACAAUCGCACAGCGAUCAAGAAACAAACCAAACGCCAUCAGACACAAAUCAAGUCUUACAGAACCAAAGCAACGAACACCUGCGUCAUGAAGUGCCAGCUGAAGUCACUCACAGAGUAUUCACGUAUUUGCAUGUCUCAGACAAUUACAAAUCCCCAUCACAUGCAACAGGGGAGGAUAAAACAACCUCCGCCUUGUGUUCUUUAUCAGUGUCCCUUUCUUCCUCCCAUCCAUCCUCCUUCCUCUUGCAAAAUGUCACACCUGAGGGAGGGACUGUUUGCAACCACAACAGAUUCAGUGCCAGUUCUGUGUUCAUGCGGAAAGAGCCGAUCAGAAGCAGGAAUGGUGAGCAUCGAAGGCACUCCACGCUUGGCAAUGUAGGAUUGGAAGGAUCUGGCAAACCUUCCAACAUUUUCAGGCAGAGGUGUAACACUUGGCCAGAAGGAGAGAGGAGGGGUCAGGAAAGUCAAUCAAACUCCAAACCUCAGGUGUUCAUUAAAGAGAGCAUGUUACCGGUGGAUUCGGUCAAUUAUGACAAUUUGCCUAGUACUAUCAAGACUCAGAGCGGACCAGUUAAAAACAUCUGCUCUUAUCUGUCUCUGGGAUCCAAACUUAGCUUCAGUCUUCCCAAGAGAUUUCACAACAGUGUCUCAGACAUGGAGAACAAAAAAGAUAUUGGACCUGGCCUGGUUUAUGACAACCCAUCUGACUCAAAUAGCCAACUUGUAUGCUCAUCUCAAACUCCAGUGGAGGUAGAACCAGUCAUUUAUACUAAACAAACUGAAGUGGAUGCAGAUCCUAAUGCAGACUGUGAAGUGUUUACUCUGGAAGACUUGGAAGAUGUAGAACCAACCAGUGAUGUUAAGGAUGUACAUAACCGAGUCUUGAUGCAAGAGAGGUUCACCACACCAGUUGAAUGCCCUCAGUGGCAAUACAGUCGGCCAGACAAACCAUCUCUGAACAGCUGUAACGAUUCCUCCAAAGCCAACACCGCAGCCAAUCAAUGCUGCCCUUCUUCAUCAACCUGUGGCAAAGAAUGCAUUAGUGUUUACACCAAAAUAAAAGACCUGAAUGGUCACUUAUACUAUGCAUCCAAAUACAUAAAGGUAAGAUCCCCGUCGCACGCCUCUGUCUCUCGUAAGAGCGCCCGUGUCAUAAACUGUGGUGUGAGAGACUGUGCAGUGUGUUUCAGCGACACAGUGAAAGAGACUGAAGAAAUGAGAGUUACCUGUGCAGAGAAGCCUGACAUCAGCACGGAGGGGGUUCUUCAGCCGGGUCACUGGCUUUUCCAACAGGAGGAAGAGGAACUGAAAGAUAUCUGGAGACAACUGCACUAUGGAAACAAAUAUGGUUGAAGAGAAAGGGUUCUCAAUCAAAACCAACAGGGGACAUGUGACCCACCCACUCUAUGGAUGAGAUGGUCUUACUUUGGGCAUGUAAGCCACUCACAUCAAUAAGAUGGAUUAUUGUGGACCGGUUACCCUACAAUUAUAUGGACAACUCACCAUUUAUCUGCUGUACAUUUAAUAAUUGUUUCAUUUAUUUGUAUACUUCUCUAUAUCGAUGUGGUAAAUGUAAUUGACCAGUUAAAGUGCAGAUCAUGUACUACACAAUGAAAAAUACAAUGCAUAUAGCCUUCAUGAGUGGUUCUUCAACAUUUCAUGCCACCUACUCACCACCAAUGUUCCUUCAUUUUUUUUAACCUUGAGCCAACUUUCAUUUGAUUGAGUGCGAGACUUGUGUACAAAGCAACAUACACAAUGCCUUAUUUUGAUUAAUAUCAAUAUCACUGUAGUUAACCCUAAAAAACAUAGCUAACUUUAACCCCCUGGAAUGCAUAUGUUUGCAUACAUUCAUACAGUUGUAAAGAUGUAUAUUCGUCAUAAAACUACUUUUUUGUCAAUUAAAAUAA